AUGGCGCCUGAUCUCUUUCGACGCCGCGUCAGCCGCUGGUCGGAGCCUCGUCGCGGCGGCACGACGAAGCUUCCGCCGCUCCUCUUGCCGCUUCUACUCUCCCUCCUUCUCUCAUCGUCGCAUGUCACUCGCCCAGUCGUCGCACAGCAGUGCUCUGCGACGAUUCUCUGCGCCAACAACCUCUGCUGCAGCAUUCUCCCGCUCCCCCCCCCUUCCUCCCUCCCUUUCCCUCCCCCGCGCGCCUCUCCCCUCUUGCAUCUCUCGCCGUUCAUUUUCUCGCAGCAAGUGGGGCUGGUGCGGCUCCACCGUCGAUUACUGCGGCGCUGGCUGCCUAUCCGGGCCGUGCAGUGGAGCCCCUUCCGCCUCCCCCCCUCCGCCUUCCGCCUCUCCGCCUCCCCCCAAAAGCUCUCCCCCUCCGCCAACCAGCUCUCCCCCUCCGCCCACGAGCUCCCCGCCUCCGCCAACCACCGGGUCCCCCCCUGUGUCCACCAAUGGCCCUCUCUGCAGCUUGCUAGAGUGCUGCGCUCAGAGUCAGAGCCGCAACAGCAUCUGCCCCCAACGGCCUGUUCUGCAGCAUCAGCAUCAGCAUCCACGGCUGCUUGGUGUUUUCCUUCUCUAUCUAUGCUCUCACUUGCACCUCCACCCACUUCUCCCCACCCCUUCCCACCCUUUCCCAUCCCUCCCCACCCCUCCCACCCCUGGAUUCUACCUUCCCCAGAAUGCGGAGCGCAGAACGGCAACAGCAUCUGUCCCAACGGCCUCUGCUGCAGCAUCCACGGCUGGUGUGGCUCCACCCUCGACUACUGCGGCCCCGGCUGCCAGUCCCAGUGCUGGCCCUCCUCCUCUCCCUCCUCCCCUCCCCCUCCUUCUUCCCCCCCCUCCUCUCCUCCGCCUUCGCCCUCUCUCUCUCCCUCCCCGCCUCCCCCCUCCACGUCCCCCUCUCCGCCCCCCCCUUCCACCACUCCCUCCCCGCCUCCCCCCUCCACGGCCUCUCCCCCUCUGGCCUCUUCGGGCCUGAAGCGCAUGGCAUACUUUGUCAACUGGGCGGGCAUGGACCCAUCCCUCAUCCCUGCCGCCAGCCUCACGCAUGUCUUCUAUGCCUUUGCUCUCAUCAAUGCCGCCACAUACCAGGUCGUCCCCUCCAACCCAGCAGUGGACGUCACCCAGGGCCUCUAUCUGCGCUUCAACUCCGCUCUAAAGGCCGCCAACCCCGCCAUCAAGACCCUCCUCUCCAUCGGCGGCUAUUCCGCCGGCACCACCGUUUUCACCAACGCCGCCUCCUCCCCCUCCUCCCGCUCCGCUUUCAUCCAAUCCGCCAUCCAUUUUGCCCGAUCGUACAAUUUCGAUGGUCUGGAUAUUGACUGGGAGUACCCGACCGGGCAGAUGGCGCUUUUUUCUGCCCUGCUCACGGAUUUCCGGGCGGCGAUCGAAUCCGAGGCGGCCAGUUCGGGGCGGCCGAAGCUGCUUCUGACAGCAGCGGUUUCUGCCUACGAGCCGACUGUUACGCAGGCAUACGAUGUCCCGACGCUUAACAAAACACUGGACUUUGUUAACAUAAUGACUUACGAUCUGCAUGGGUCGUGGGAGGCAAAGACCGGCAUGCACACUGCUCUGGAGGAUCUGAGCAACCCGCAGCUGAGCCUCAAGGGCGCCAUGGCUGCCUGGGUGUCCCGAGGCUUGGCCCGAAGCAAGGCCAUGCUAGGCUUGGCAAUGUACGGCCGGACCUGGACUCUAGCCUCGACAAGCAGCACUGGGGUUGGAGCUGCGGCCACCGGGCCUGGUCUGGCUGGGUCUGUGAGCCAGGAGUCUGGAGUCCUCUUUUACAGGGAGAUUUCUCAGAUGGUAACCACUGGUGGUUACAAAGCUACACUCCAUACUGCGUCGUCAUCCAUGUAUGCGGUGAAGGGUAACCAGUGGGUCGGUUACGAUAACCCGUCCACCAUCACCACCAAGGUUAAUUAUGCCAAGGCGCAAAGCUUUGGAGGGUGGUUCUUCUGGGCCCUGAACCAAGAUGCCAACAAUGCUUUGCUCAGUGCUGCGUCGGCUGUGUGA